AUGAUUAAUCUUCGAUAUCGUUUCGCCAAUCAAAACCAAUAUAUAGCAGCCUUAACAGCAUCCUAUGUCGCACUUUCCGCCGGAAUGGUGUAUGGUUGGGCCGCUCCGGCCGGUCCACGACUCGUAGGAGACGGAGAAGGCCAUCUCGCGCUAAACAGUGACCAAUUCUCCUGGGCUGUAGCCUUUACGCCCAUGGGUGCUGCUCUCGUUGCUAUACCGUGCGGAAGGAUGCUCAAGUCCUUGGGACGUAAGAACGCGAUACUUUUUUUUGUCAUACCUCUUCUGAUGGGUUGGACACUUCUGACAUUUGCACAAGUCAUACCAAUGAUGUACAUAGGACGACUGUGCCAAGGAGCUGCAGUAGGUGGCCUUACGAUCUCUCUGCCAAUCUACAUCGGUGAAAUAGCGAACGAAAAAAUUCGUGGCACAGUUGGAAGUUUUUUCCAGUUGAUGCUUAACCUGGGCAUGCUCAUUUCGUUCAGCGUAUCCACCGCAGUCAAUAUAUUUCAGCUGAACGUCAUAUCUGGAUUUUUGUUACUAAUCUUUGGUCCAAUGUUCAUGUUCAUGCCGGAAACACCAGCUUUUUUGCUACAACUAGGCUACAAAAAUAAAGCAAUUGAAGUGUUAAAGUGGCUCGAAGGCCCAAGGUGUGGUGCUGCUACACAGAUAGAGCUGCUGCAAAAUCAACAGGAUGCGCUCAUGAACCAACCCAAGAGAACCCUCAAAAGCUCUCUCCUGGAACCGAGAACGAGGAGUGCGCUGUUGGCUAUGAUUGGUUUAGUAGCUUUUCUUCAAUUGUCCGGAAUUAAUGCCGUUCUCUUUUAUGCCACCGAUAUUUUUAUGAAUGCCUCAGACUCCUUGAACUAUCAGGUUGCAACCAUCAUUGUUGGCGCUAUGCAGGUGGUCGGAACAGUAGUGGCUUCAGUUGCCGUCGAUCGUGUAGGACGCCGAUGGUUGCUGAUGAUUUCUGGCGUGAUCAUGUGUGCCUCACACGUAACGCUGGGUGUGUACUUUCAUCUACUACACAAUGACCCGAUCCGGAUGGAAAACCAAGAAUGGGUACCAGUGUUAUCACUGUCGGCCUUCGUUACAAUGUUUUCCGUCGGUUUCGGCCCGGUGCCUUGGAUUAUGAUCGGUGAAAUAUUUGCCAUCGAUAUUAAGGAGUUUGCCGGCUCGUUGGCAAUUUUCACCAACUUCGGGCUGUCGCUGUUGGUCACCAAGACCUUCAAUCCUCUCCGCGAGGGACUCGGUGAGGCCGGUACAUUCUGGCUGUUUGCCGGUUUCUGCCUUUUGGGUGCGGUGUUUGUGUUUCUGUUUGUGCCCGAAACCAAAGGUAAGUCUUUUGCCCAGAUACAGAGCAGACUGACCGGAGACAAGCUACAGUGUCGGGCGGAAAAGUAG